GAGGAAGGAGUCAGUGCCCAUGGAAGGGGAGAAGAAGCUAAUCCCGCUCGAGUAGCCCAAAAAGCCUGAAAAAGCAGGGUACUUGAGAUUUCCCUCUGGUUAUAUAAUUAGAAUUAUUGCAUUAGCUUCUGUUUCAGUGUUUUUGUUGCGUUGAGAACGACGGAGAGGCUCUGAGACGGAUGGGGAAUCCGUCCGGGAAAAUGGAGGUGGCUUUGCACGGCGGCCUUUGGGACGGCGUGGUGGAGCAGACCAAGAUGGCACAGGAAAAGCGUUGCGAUCCCCUGCUUUGGGCUCUGCAGUUAUCCUCUAGUCUGAGCUCUGCCGGGGUGACUCUGCCUUCCAUGGAGAUGGCACACCUGCUUGUCAGCUACAUUUGUUGGGAUAACAACGAACCCAUUAUGUGGAAGUUUCUGGAAAAAGCGUUGAUGUUGAAGAUGGUGCCUCCCCUGCUCGUCCUUGCUCUGCUCUCCGACAGAGUAAUUCCGAGUCGAGUUUCCCAGCCAGCAGCUUAUAGGCUAUAUAUGGAACUACUUAAGAGACAUGCUUUCACACUAAAAUGUCAAAUUAAUGGGCCAGAUUAUCAAAAGGUCAUGAAAUCAAUUGAUGCUGUUCUUCAUCUUUCUGAGAUUUUUGGUUUGCAAGCUAGGGAACCUGGUAUUCUUGUGGUUGAGUUCAUCUUUUCAAUUGUGUGGCAGUUGCUAGAUGCAUCACUAGAUGAUGAAGGGUUGUUGGAACUGACCCCGGAAGGGACAUCCAAAUGGUCAAUUAAAUGUCCAGACAUGGAUAUAGAUACUUUUGAUCGAUAUAAUGAAAAGAAGAUUGAACAUCAUGAGAGAUUGCAGAAUAUGAAUACUACCAUGGCUGUUGAGAUAAUUGGGCAGUUCCUACAAAAUAAAGUGACAUCUAGAAUUCUUUACUUGGCACGUAGAAACAUGCCCACUCAUUGGCUAGUUUUUAUCCAGAGAUUACAGCUGCUUGGAUCAAAUUCAUCAACAUUGAAGAAUUCACAAACUUUAACUCCAGAAACUCUCCUACAGUUGACAUCAGAUACUCGCAUUGUCUUGUCCCGGGAAUGCAAAACAAGUUCAUUUCAAAAGUUUCAUGCAGUCAUGGCUUUUGGGUCUCUGGCUUCCUCUGCUGGUCUAUGCCAUGGAGCUAGUCGUUCUGCUCUUUGGCUUCCUCUUGAUUUGGCAUUAGAAGAUGCCAUGGAUGGUUAUCAAGUUAAUACAAUAAGUGCCAUUGAAAUCAUAAGCGGUUUGGUUAAAACACUUCAAGCAAUGAAUGGCACCACCUGGCAUGACACCUUUUUAAGCCUUUGGAUUGCGGCCCUUCGUCUUGUUCAAAGGGAAAGAGAUCCUAUUGAGGGUCCCGUGCCUCGGCUAGAUGCUCGUUUAUGCAUGCUAUUAUCUAUUACCACUCUUGUGGUUGCUGAUCUUAUUGAGGAAGAGGAGAAUGCACUAAGUAAUGAAAUGGAAUAUGGCUCCAUUAAUCAGUUGGAAGAGAAAAUUUUUUGUGGGAAGCGUCGGAAUGAUCUGAUCUCCAGCUUACAAGUACUUGGUGAUUGCCAAGGCUUGCUGAGUCCACCCAAAUCUGUUGUCUCUGCAGCAAAUCAGGCUGCUGCAAAAGCAAUGUUGUUUGUCUCAGGCAUCAGUGCAGGGAGUGCAUCCUUUGAGUGCAUCAACAUGAAAGACACGCCUAUCAAUUGUUCUGGAAACAUGCGCCAUCUGAUUGUUGAGGCUUGUAUUGCCAGAAAUCUACUGGAUACCUCAGCAUAUUUCUGGCCAGACUAUGUGAAUGGAUGCAUCAACCAACUACCUCAUACCAUGCCAUAUCAGGCACCUGGUUGGUCAGCAUUUACGAAGGGGGUGCCACUUACUCCAGGAAUGGUUAAUGCCUUAGUUUCAACUCCUGCUUCAAGUUUAGCAGAACUGGAGAAAAUAUUUGAGAUUGCAAUCAAAGGAUCGGAUGAUGAGAAGAUAUCUGCUGCUACAAUUCUUUGUGGGGCUUCAUUAAUCCGUGGUUGGAAUAUACAGGAACAUACUGUUGAUUUUAUUUGUAGAUUAUUAUCUCCUCCAGUUCCCGCUGAUUAUGCUGGAAGUGAUAGUCGUUUGAUUGGUUAUGCUCCAAUGCUUAAUGUAUUGAUUGUUGGAAUAGCAUCUGUUGAUUGUGUUCAGAUUUUCUCGCUACAUGGCUUUGUACCGCAACUUGCUUGCUCAUUGAUGCCAAUUUGUGAGGUUUUUGGAUCAUGUAUACCCAAUAUCUCAUGGACUCUGCCCACAGGGGAAGAAAUCUCACCUCAUGCUGUUUUCUCUAAUGCAUUUGCUCUUCUUUUAAAACUAUGGAGAUUUAAUCAUCCUCCUAUUGAACGUCGAAUUGGAGAUGUACCCACAGUUGGAUCCCAGCUGACCCCUGAAUACCUCUUGUUAGUCCGAAACUCAAACCUUGUUUCUUCUGAAAACACCCACAAGGAUCGAAACAAGAGAAGACUUUCAGCAGUUGCAAGUCUAUCAUCUCCAGAGCCAGUAUUUCUGGACUCAUUUCCAAAACUAAAAACCUGGUAUCGGCAGCAUCAAAGAUGUCUAGCUGCUGCACUUUCUGGUCUUGUCCAGGGAACACCUGUUCACCAGACGGUCGAUACACUUCUUAAUAUGAUGUUCAGGAAGAUAAGUAGAGGAAGCCAGUCUUUAACUUCUAUUACUUCUGGAAGUAGUACAUCCUCUGGACCUGGAAAUGAAGAUAACUCUUUGAAACCUCUGUUACCUGCCUGGGAUAUACUGGAAGCUGUCCCUUUUGUUGUUGAUGCUGCUUUAACAGCCUGUGCUCAUGGAAGACUCUCUCCUCGUGAACUGGCUACAGGGCUAAAAGAUUUAGCUGAUUUUCUCCCUGCAUCUUUGGCAACCAUAGUAAGCUACUUCUCAGCUGAAGUAAGUCGAGGUGUCUGGAAACCAGUUUUUAUGAAUGGUAUGGAUUGGCCCAGCCCUGCUGCAAAUUUGUCCAAUGUUGAGGAGCACAUCAAUAAAAUCCUAGCUGCCACUGGUGUUGAUGUCCCUAGCCUUGCUGCAGGAGGGAGCUCUCCAGCUACUCUUCCACUACCAUUGGCUGCCUUUGUAAGUCUUACAAUCACUUACAAAAUUGACAAGGCAUCAGAAAGAUUUCUCAAUCUGGCUGGGCCAGCUCUGGAGUCACUUGCGGCAGACUGUCCAUGGCCUUGCAUGCCUAUUGUGGCUUCCCUAUGGACCCAAAAGGCAAAGCGGUGGUUUGACUUCCUUGUCUUUUCUGCAUCUCGUACUGUCUUCCUCCACAACAGUGAUGCUGUGGUUCAGCUUCUUAAAAGUUGUUUCACUGCCACCCUUGGCUUGAACUUCACGCCUAUCUCAAGCAAUGGUGGAGUAGGAGCCCUUCUUGGUCAUGGAUUUGGUUCACAUUUCUCUGGUGGGAUUUCACCUGUUGCUCCAGGGAUCCUCUACCUACGUGUCUUCCGAUUCAUAAGAGACAUUGAGUUCAUAACAGAAGAGAUUGUUUCUCUCUUGAUUUAUUCUGUUAUCAAGAUAGCAUGCAGUGGGCUUCCAAGAGACAAAUUGGAGAAGUUGAAGACGACCAAGAAUGGAAUGAGAUAUGGACAGGUUUCACUUGCUGCAGCAAUGACUCACGUGAAACUUGCAGCUUCCCUUGGGGCUUCCUUGGUAUGGUUAUCUGGUGGAUUUGGUCUGGUUCAGUCAUUGAUAAAAGAAACCCUGCCUUCUUGGUUCAUAUCUGUUCACAGAUCUGAGCUGGAAGAAGGAUCAGGACUGGUUGCAAUGCUUGGAGGCUAUGCACUUGCAUAUUUUACAGUGCUUUGCGUAGCAUUUGCUUGGGGAAUUGACUCAUCAUCAUCAACAUCAAAGCGGCGUCCUAAAAUCCUCAGGGGACACAUGGAGUUUCUUGCAAGUGCACUUGAUGGGAAGAUAUCUCUCGGUUGUGAUCAGGCUACUUGGCGUGCCUAUGUGUUGGGAUUUGUGAGCCUGAUGGUAGGUUGCACUCCAAAUUGGGUGCUUGAGGUGGAUGUUGAUGUGUUGAAGAGACUGAGUAAAGGUCUGAGACAAUGGAAUGAAGAGGAGCUUGCUCUGGCAUUGCUAGGAAUUGGUGGGGUUGGUACCAUGGGUGCUGCUGCUGAACUGAUUAUUGAGAAAGAUUGAUGACACCACACUUCUGCUCUAAGUUAGAUAAAAUUUUUGUAGGAUGGAAAUUUACACUAGCUUCAUGUUCAUACAGGAAAGUUGUGCAGUGAUGUAACUUAUUUUUCUAGUGAAAUAGCCUGAAUUUUGCUUGAAUGUAAGAUUUUCAGCUUGUGUACAUAAAAGGCAAAAGUUGUGGCACAGAAGAAAGUUGCAAAACACAU